AUGGAAAGGAAGCCGCCAAUCAUCAUCGAGCCCAUGUCUCCGGUCGACCCUUCUAAAGCUGCCGCUUUUGUCUUCGUGCAUGGUCUUGGCGACGAAGCUGAAGGCGUCGAAAAUGUUGCACGCCAGUUCCAAAAUGCCGGCAAGCUUCCAUACAUGACCUGGGUUCUUCCAAACGCGUUGGAGAACAACGACUUGGCUACUACUGCAUGGUAUAUGCCGACGUCGCUGUCUCCGUACCCACCCUCGCGGCCUGAGUUGGAAGAUGAUGAAGAUGAAGAGGGUAUGUUGGCUACCGUCAAAUACCUAACAUCAUUGAUCGACGACUUGGUCAAGCAAGGUAUCCCGGAAAAGAGGAUAGUACUGGGCGGAUUCUCUCAAGGGCAUGCCAUGUCCUUACUCGGAGGACUCACAUCGAAGUACGCUAGCAAGCUCGCUGGCCUUGUCGGAUUGUCCGGCUAUUUGCCGUUACCAGAUCGGAUACCUACUUUGAGGGAGGAAGCCGGGCUUCCAAAGGAGAUCAAGGAUGAGGUUGAAGUGUUUCUAGCAAGAGGUACUGGCGAUAGAUUGGUGCCAAAACGGUACCAUCGGCUGUGCUAUGAGAAGCUGUUUGAGCUUGGGGUGCCGGAAGAGCGUGUGACUCUCAAAGAAUAUGAGGGGUUGGGCCAUGUGCUCAGUGGCGCAGAGCUGAGAGACUUGUGCACAUGGCUUGAGCGAGUAGUACCUCCGCUGUAG